AUGCCUAUCUCCCGCGCUAGCUUUCAAGAAUUGUCAGCUUAUGCGAAUAUUCUGAACCGACUCCCAAGCCACCACAGCCUAAGCCAGAAGUCAGACGACAGUGACGCUCAGAUUUCAAGCUUGAGCGAGGCACCAUCGCUCGCCUUCUCUGACUCCUCGAGUGCAGACUCGUUUGCCGACGAAUACUUCCAUGUUGUAAGACCCAAGAUGUUCGUACCCGGCUUGUCAGAAGCAGAGGCAGAGACGUACGACGAGCAAUCAACCGAUCGAGAGCAGGAGAUCCUCCAUGUCGGUGCGCAAACGGUUUCGAAUCAAUCCCUCUUGCAGGCUCUCUGCGACGCGAACCCCACCGCAAAGCACCUUUUCCCUGCUACGACUCGGGUUGACCACGACAGAUGUUCAGUUGCCCUAACAGGCGUGCACUCUGGCCGCCGAGUGCAGGAGCCGACGACCAGCCUGACCGGGCCGACAACAAUCAAAUACCCACAACCUCAUACACUCAAGCCGCCCCAUAUUCAGGUUACUGACACUUCACCACCGUGGAAUGGGGUAUCCGUUGUGGCAGGCGGGCACCCAGCUCCCUUGCUCAUUUCCAAUGCGGAAUGUCGCGGUUCUCAGCAGGCCUGCGCCCGCCUGAAUGUACCGAACUUAUCCGACAAUCUCAAACAGGGAGCGAAGUGCCUCAGCACUUCCUCAAUCAAGACCUGCUGGCCAGUUCGUCCACGUGACGAUGAUCAAGUCACCUGUGACGGAGAUGACGAUGCCAUCUUAGAUUCAGAGAUGAGCAUGGUGGAUGAACUGGAGGCAUUCUUUGGUCCCGAAAAUGCCCGUUCAGUUGUUGGCGCGAUCGCAAGCUCCCCACCAGAAGUUGCUUUCGAAGGAAGAUUUUCCCAUCUGGAAGGCCUCAGGCAACACACAGCUGGAUCUGGCAAUGCACCUUCCUCGUCUUCACCACAGUCGACCCAGCCAUCAUCCUCGCCUGCUACGACACGCUCAAGUAGAAGUGGCGGAAGCAAACGCACAGCCCCCACGAGUGAUGAGGCGGAUGAAGAUGGUAAUAAUGACGAGGAUGAGCGGCCUAAAGAACCUAAGAAGCCAAGGACGCGUGGCAAACAAAUCAGAUGGGACUGCCCUCUAUGCAGAAGGCCUAUUGGCGAUAUGGGCACCAAUCCCGGUUGCGCAAAAGACGGUCUUGAAUUCCGACAUCUUUGGGAACAUUUUCGGAAGCACCACUACGGGUGUGAAACCUAUGGGCUGAAGCUCAGUGGUAGACGCGCUGAUGCGGUGCACCUCAACCAGCGACAAAAGGAACCGUCAGCUUGCACGCCUGGCCUCUACGCCGGCUCGAGGUUCGAGAUUGGGAUUGAUCUAUAUGAAGAGAUGGACACAAUAUACAAUAAUCCCAGUCUAAGGCCACCUCAAAAGUGGGCUGAGUGGUGGAAGCUGUUCUUUCCGGGAUACACCGAUGUUCCUGAUGGUAUCCACCAGGGGACAAUCAGUUUCCCUUCGGCAGAGAUUCCUGCAUUGCAAGUUGCAUUCAGCACUCGUUGGGACGAUGAAGCACUCAAGGGGAAUGUGCCGUUCCUCGACGCCCGACAAAAGCAGAAAGCGCAGAAAAUCCUGGAUGAAUCCAUCCGGACCUUCAACUAUACUCAUCAACCUCGCUUCAGGACAUCAGGCCAAUUGCCUGAUUCGUUUUCCUCGAUGCAGGCUCUUGUCGGUGUGGAAGAAAAUCCAUUCCUCGGUGGGUUCGACAUGGGAAUCUCGCCGCUACAGACUCAGAAUCAACCCUAUCAAACCUACGGAAAUCCUGGCUUCUAA